AUGUAUUCAUGGAAAUCAAAAUUCAAGUUUGGUAGAUCAAGAGAAGAGAAACAGAAACAAAAGGAGUCCUCUGUUGAAUCGUCUUCUUCUAUUCCUAAAUCUCCAUCUGGUGAUAUAAUCUCAUCUAGAAAAGAGACGAUUACAAAAUCUAACUCGACGAUAGCUCCUGACCUAAAGGGACCGCCAUCUUCUCAAGACGGAUCUGGUAUGAAAGGUCCAUCAUCUUCAUCAGGAUCUUCAAUAGUCAACGGACCCAACAACCCUCAAUCUCAAUCACAGUCAAGUUCCAGUUCCGAACCAGUACAAGAUAUUCCUAAUGACUCUACGUCUUCCUCGGGUAUAAUGACAAUUAAAGUUUAUAAUGGUGACGGGUUCAUGUUGCCAUUCCCAAUAACUUCGAAUCAACAGAUUUUAACAAAACUAUUAAGUUCCGGUAUUGCUGCACCAAAUUCCCAAUCGGAUAUUAAUGCCCUGUUAUCGCAAUUAUCAAACCUACAAUUAUCUUCUAAUGGCGGCAACGAUAACAAUAUGAGCAUGAAUACUAGCGAUGGGAUUAAUAACAAAGAGGAUUUAUUACAAAGUAAGAAUUGUUCUAAAUUUAUUCCAGCAACAAUCAUAUUACCAGGUUCAUCGAACUUGAAUCCAUUAUUAUAUUUCACUAUAGAAUUUGAUAAUACGGUAGCUACUAUCGAACCAGAAUAUGGUACUAUGUUAAAACCAGUCUUCAAUAAGAUCUCUACUUUUGAUACCACGAGAAAGUUACCAUUUUUGAAAAUUGAUGUAUUCGCAAGAAUCCCAUCAAUAUUAUUACCAUCUAAACCAUGGCAAGAUGAAGCUGGUAAUAAUAAUCCAAAACUGAAGGAGAUUUUCCAAAAGAUUAAUUCUAAUCAAGAUAUCCACUUAGAUUCAUUAAAUUUGCCAGUAAAUUUGAAGUUCAACACAUCAGCAAAUAUAAGGCUUUACAACCAUCAAUGGAUUUCUUUGGAAAAUGGUCAAGGUAAGAUUAAUAUAUCAAUUGAUUAUAAACCAGCCAAGAAUAAGCACUUAUCAAUUGAUGAUUUUGAUCUUUUAAAAGUUAUUGGUAAAGGUUCAUUUGGUAAAGUUAUGCAAGUACGUAAAAAGGAUACACAAAAAGUUUAUGCUUUAAAGGCAAUUAGGAAGUCAUACAUUGUUUCUAAAUCAGAAGUCACGCAUACAUUAGCUGAAAGGACUGUUCUGGCCAGAAUAAACUGCCCCUUUAUUGUCCCAUUAAAAUUUUCAUUUCAAUCUCCUGAGAAAUUAUACUUAGUCCUAGCUUUUAUCAAUGGUGGUGAAUUGUUUUAUCAUUUGCAAAAAGAGGGAAGGUUUGAUCUUUCAAGGGCAAGAUUUUAUACUGCCGAAUUAUUAUGUGCCUUGGAAACACUACAUAAACUAGAUGUUAUUUAUCGUGAUUUGAAACCGGAAAAUAUCUUAUUGGAUUAUCAGGGACAUAUCGCUCUAUGUGAUUUUGGUCUUUGUAAAUUAAAUAUGAAAGAUUCUGAUAAGACCGAUACAUUUUGUGGGACUCCUGAAUAUUUAGCUCCCGAAUUAUUGUUAGGACAAGGUUAUUCGAAAGUGGUUGAUUGGUGGACUCUCGGUGUCUUGUUGUAUGAAAUGUUGACUGGGUUACCACCUUAUUAUGAUGAAGAUGUACCCAAGAUGUAUAAGAAAAUUCUACAAAAUCCAUUAAGAUUCCCUGAUGGAUUUGAUGAAGAUGCCAAAGAUCUUUUAAUAGGAUUACUGAGCCGUGACCCAACAAGAAGGUUAGGAUACAAUGGUACGGAUGAGAUCAAGAACCAUCCAUUUUUCAGCCAGUUGUCUUGGCACCGUCUAUUAAUGAAAGGUUAUAUUCCACCAUAUAAACCUCCUGUGAUAAAUUCAAUGGAUACAAGUAACUUUGAUCAAGAAUUUACAAGAGAAAAGCCUGUGGACAGUGUCGUAGAUGAAUUCUUGAGUGAAAGUGUUCAAAAACAAUUCGGUGGCUGGACAUACGUUGGGAACGAACAACUAGGUAGUUCAAGAUAA